AUGGCAGACACCACUUUGGAGGGCGUCGGUCAUGGAAAUCUUGCCAAAUUUGAUGCUAUAAUUUGUAGACCCCUCUUGCAGCAAAAAACUGAAAUGUGGAAGACACAGGUCAUGGACCAUGCUGUUUCAUGGUCAUGUUGGGGGAGGGUGCGUGCAAUGUUGCGUAGAGGGAGGUGGGAUGGAAAGACUAGGAAUGAGUAUGGUCCAACCCAUUUUCUCAUAUCGAUUGUGGUCUGA